AUGCCCGACGAGGAUGUGCAGGAGGUUCAGGUUCCCAAAGAGUUCGUCGCGAAGCUGACGGGCGAGGGAGGACGAUUGCACGAGCUGAAGCACAUGGCUGGUUCAGAUAUCACCAUCACCUUUCAGACUCGACCCGAGCUGGUCAACAAAGCGGUGGCCGUCAUCCGGGGUCCAAAGGUUAGCGCAAGCCUUGGGGCCAUCCUUCUGAUGCAGGAACUCAGCGAGCUGAUUCAAAUACCAGUUUGCCGCUUGACCUGUGCCGUUGUGGGCUGA